AAACCCUAAAUAAACCCUUAUCAAGAUUCCAAUUUUCUCACAAACUCAACAUAGAAACUUCUGCUAUGGUGAGCCUCUGCCCCAGCGUUUCUGCAGGCGGGGGGCUCCCAAUCCACCAUCCUUCCAAAUUAUCCUCAUCUAAUUCACUUGUCCCAAUUUCUGCUAGAUUCCCCUCGAGAAAAACCGAUGCUUUUCUGGACACUCCACGGCGUGGUUCUUUCAAGCUCGAGGCUCAGUACGCGCGACCUCAAGAACAGAAUCAUCAGCGGCAGAGGUUUUAUUCCCAUGGCUCUCCAUCGCCUGGGCAAGCUGUGCCGAGACUUUAUGUCGGGUACUCUGUAUAUAAAGGGAAAGCAGCUCUUACAGUGGAGCCACGGCCCCCUGAGUUCUACCCUUUAGAUUCUGGAGCUUUUAAAUUGUCGAAGGAGGGCUGUGUCUUGCUCCAGUUUGCUCCUGCAUCCGGCAUUCGUCAAUAUGAUUGGGAUAGGAAGCAGGUAUUCUCAUUGUCCGUGAGUGAAAUUGGAAACAUAAUCAGCCUCGGGGCAAGAGAUUCUUGCGAAUUUUACCAUGAUCCUUACAUGGGUAGAAGCGAUGAAGGGAAAGUGAAGAAAGUGUUGAAGGUGGAACCGUUGCCUGAUGGUUCCGGCCACUUCUUCAAUCUGAGUGUUCAAAACAAGCUCACAAAGUCGGAUGAGAGCAUUUAUAUCCCCAUUACAAAGGCAGAGUUUGCCGUGCUCGUAUCAGCAUUUAAUUUCAUUAUACCGUAUUUAUUAGGAUGGUACGCCUUCGCAAAUUCCUUGAAGCCCGAAGACAGUGCUAAUACGAAAGACUAUGAAUGGAGCAGAUAAUUUAAAGCUUCUUUGCCAGUUCUUGGUAGGAUUAAAAAAUUUCAUCGAGCCUACGCAGUGAUAGAUACGCAUUCUUAGGUCAACAUUGUUGUGAAAACAAUUCAGAGCAGCCGAGCGAAACAGUCGAAUUCUUGCGCUUAAAUACAGAUUUAUUGACCCGUUUCAGUACGUAUUAAAUAAACAACUAGUUGUAGAUGUUGUCUAAUUGAGGAUCUCACUGGAUGAAGGGAGUAUUUGACGAUAUAUAUAUAUAUAUAUAUAUAUUUGUGAAUGCAUUUGUUAAGAGUAUUCAAAUGCAAAUUGAAGAAUUGCUUAUGGUGUUUCAGUUGUGGAUGAGCUGUUGAUCUUAUUGAAUAAUGCAUAUCAAUCCAAGUCUAUGUUU